AUGGAGGACCCUGUGGAGAUGCAGCAGCCAGCACCCCUGGGAACGCUGUACCUGCCCUGGGCGAUUCUUUCUCUCCUCUACUCUCUGGUGGCAGUUGUCUCUUACCUCCUGGACAUGGUCAGCCACAGCCUGCUGGCCCAGACUGGAGGAUCCCUCCUUCCUGCCCCUCUAUCUGCAGCCUGGUUUGGCCACCAGCUCAUAGCUGACAUCAUCUUCCUGGGGCUCCUGCCACUCAGCCUCAUCUGGACCCACACCUGCUGGCUUCUGGGUCUCGUCUUCUGCCACCUGGACCUACAUCUGGCCUUCUUGACCUUCUGUGCCAGUGGCCGGCUGCUGGCUCAUGUGGCCGCUGACCACUGUACCUCCUUGCUCCAACCAUCCUGGGCACUGAGUCAUCAUAUAGUUCGCCAAAUAGUUAUCUGGGCUGGUGGAUUCUGGAUCCUUCUGCUGGGCCUGGCUGGGAGAGCCCUCGGAACGCUGAGGAAUCGAACUGGCCAGGGUGGGCCUUUCAAUAGGACACUGAUCCUGGAAUCCCUCAGGCAUGACCAGGACCUUUGGGCCUGGAACCCCAUGGUGGACCAGCUGGUAUUUGGCUUCGGGGUGCCUCUGGGGAUACUGAGUGCUUUCCAUCGAAUGGUGCAGGAGCAGCUGCGCCUGGCCAGGGUCUCAGGAAGGCCUCCGCUGCUGGGCCUGCCAGGAGCCACUGCAGCCAUGUUGUUCAUCUGUUGGUUUCCCUUCCACCUGCUGCUGCUGCUGAGGUUCCUGGACAUGUGGGGGUCCAGACUGCAGCUGGGGGAUGUGUGGGUAUUGCUGAGACCACUUGGGCUCACUCUGCUGGGAUCAACUAGCUUUUUCAACCCACUGCUGUAUGUGUGUAUGAACAAGGACAUCCGUGGCCGGCUGGGCCAGCCUUUGUGGUUCCCUGGAAGGGAAGGAGACAAGGAGGCAGAGGAACCCUGGGCACUGGGGAUGGAGGCCAAGAAGCUCUGUGACAGCCUGAGGGAGAAGGGCACAGUCUGGGCUGCGGAGCUCCUGUCUUCUGAAAAUGUGGGGUGGGCUGAAAUGAAGGCACAGGUGAUAGGAAGAGAGGAGGAGGAGGAGGAGAGAGAGACUUAG